GCGUAUAAAAUCUCAUUUAAAGGCAUUCCAUUAAAUUUCUUCUUUAAAUAGCAUUACUGUUUGCAAUUUCAACAAAUAAUUACUUUUACCAUGUCAGAUGAGUUGCCAGAGCAAUUUGAUUUGGUUGUCAUAGGCACAGGCUUCCCCGAGUCUUGCAUCGCAGCUGCUGCAAGUCGCAUAGGCAAGACAGUGCUACACAUAGACCCCAAUGACUAUUAUGGCGAUGUUUGGAGCUCAUUCAACUUGGAAGCGCUUAAUCAGCUGCUGGAGCAGCCCAGCCCAUCGUUGCUUAAUGCAAGCUACACUUGGCAUGACGCAGCAACAGAAACAAAUUGGACACGCGAGGCUUUGUUAGCGAAAUCGCGUCGCUUUAGCUUGGAUUUGUGUCCCCGCAUAGCCUAUUCUAAUGGCGAACUGGUUAAGCUGCUCAUUAAGUCCAACAUUUGUCGCUAUGCGGAAUUUCGUGCCUUAGAUCAUGUGUGCAUGCUUUACAACGAUGAACUCGUCUCGGUGCCUUGCUCACGCAGCGAUGUCUUCAACACCAAAACGUUAAGCAUAGUGGAGAAGCGUCUGCUAAUGAAGUUCCUAACAGCUUGCGCUGAUAAUGGCGAGGAUAAGUGCAAUGAAGAUACGUUGGCUUUUCGUGGACGUACGUUUCAGGAAUAUCUCGAGGCGCAGAAAGUGACGCCAAAGAUAGCUUCGUGUGUUUUGCAAGCCAUUGCUAUGUGCAAUGCCAAUACCAGCUUUGAGGUUGGAAUGCAACGCACACAACGCUUUCUGGGCAGCCUUGGACGCUAUGGAAAUACGCCUUUUCUGUUCCCCAUGUACGGCUGUGGAGAGCUGCCGCAAUGCUUUUGUCGCUUAUGCGCUGUGUAUGGUGGCAUCUAUUGUUUAAAGCGCAGUGUGGAUAACAUUUGUCAGGCUACGGAUUCUCAAGAGCUGUUGCUGAGUAGCGCAGGCAAAACUUUACGUGCUACGCAUGUUGUAUCUGCACCGGGUUAUUUACCUGGUAUGGUCUGCGAAUUACAGCCGCAUAUCUCACGCGGCUUAUUCAUAGCCAGCAGUGCGUUGGGCUCAGAGGAGCUUAAUAAAGGCGGCGGAGGUGUUAAUCUGUUGCGUCUGCUAGCGGAUGAGGGCAAGCGUGAGGCAGUCCUUUUACAACUUUCGCAUUAUUCCGGUACUUGCCCGGAAGGCUUAUUUAUUUUCCAUUUAACGACGCCCGCUGUGAGCAAUGAUCCCGCUGCUGAUCUCGCUGUCUUUACCAGUCAAAUCUUUAAGGCGCCUGCGCCACAAAUACUCUACAGCGCUUACUUUACUCUGACUACACCCACGAAUACAGCUUUAUCGCCUGUCAAGUCGGUCUACUGCACUGCCGCACCUGCAUAUGAACUGGACUAUGAUGCAGCUAUAGAAAACGCACACCAGAUCUUUAGUCAACUCUAUACAGAUGCCGAGUUUCUGCCACGCGCACCAGAUCCUGAAGAGAUUGUAGUUGAGGGAGAAGAUCCUAGCGCGCUUAAUGAGAACAGUUUGCCCGAGGAUUUGCGUGCGCAGUUGCAAGAAAUGGAUAUAACUGAAUAAACGUGCUUACUUUUAUAAUGAUCAUCACUUUAUUAUAAAUUGCAAAGAAAGACAGAAAAACAGUUGAGGAGUUCUAUAUACAUGCUAAAGUUUAGUGUUGUGCAUAUUACUGUGGACUCAAAGUUGAUCAAUUUGUUUGCUUAUACUUUCUAUAUACUUUAUGUAUACUCUCUAAAGCUACUAGGUAUAUAUAUAUAAUUUUUA